AUGAAUGAGUUCAAAGAAGUCAUGGAUGAGAUGGCUUUAGUGGAUAUUAAGCCAGACAGUGGUUGGUUUACCUGGGUAAACAAUAGAGAUAAGGGGAGGUUGAUAAAGGAAAGACUUGAUAGAUUCCUCACCUCGGUGGCAGUGGUUGAAAAUUUCCCGUUUAUAGCUACUAAAGUUCUAAGACAAACUCAGUCCGAUCAUGACGCGAUUAUUUUAGAUUUGUGGGGUCGAAAACCGAAAGAUUUCCCGAAGGAUAAGAGAUUGUGCUUCAAGUUUGAUGUAUGUUGGGUCGGGAAUAAGGAAGCUAAAAAUGUUAUUGACAGAGCUUGGAACAGUGAGGGUACAGACUACGGGGAAAAAUGGAUAGGGUUCGAUCGGCGCUCGGUCCAUGGCAAUAAUAACAUUGAGAGGCUCAAAGAUGCGGAAGGAAAUUGGGUGACAAAUAGUAAAGAAAUAUGUAAGGUGGCCAAAGAUUACUUUGUGAGUUUGUUUCGGUCAAACAGUCAAAAUGCUAACAUCCAAGAGAUGGGGCAUAUAAAGGAGUGCGUUACGAGGGAAACAAAUGAAAGGCUCAAUAUGAUCUAUACUGAGGAAGAGAUUACUCAGGCAAUCAAGCAGAUGGACCCUAAUAAAGCCCCUGGCAUCGAUGGUCUAUAG